AUGGCGGUGCCAAGCCCCCAAUCGCCGGCGCCCCUUAGCGGUCAGAAAUUCCAUAUUCCGAACCUCUGGCCUGCGUUCGCCGGGUGGAAACAUGGUGUCAACCCGCUUCACGGGCGGGUCAAGCUGGCCGUAGAUGCACGGCUGGAGGGCUUGUUUGAGGACCCGCGGGUCGUGGAGAAGGUGAAGGCCGUGGAUAUUGGGCUUUUUGCUGCUGGGGUGUUGGUAGACGUACCUUACGAUAUCCUGGAGACAAUGGCAUUUUACUCCAUCUGGCUAGUCCUCUGGGACGAUUACAUCGACGGCGAGGACGCCGAUGCAGGCGGCGGCAAUGGCGGCGAGACGACCGAUCUAGCCGCGGAGUACUGCCGGCGGUCCGUGGCCUUUGUGAAGCAUUCCCUGCAGCUUGACGAGCGCAAAGUCAGCGACGAAGGACUGGGGGGCCAGCAGGCGGUGGUCCCUGAGGCACCGACCAAGGUGUGUGAGAGCUUUGCAGACGUUGGCCGGCGGUUCGUGGAGGUGUGUGAUCUCGCGGCGAGGAGGGAGAUGUUUGGACAUUUGAAGGAAUACAUGGAAGGCUGCGUCGUGGAGCACAGGUGGAAGUCGUCAGGCAAGAUCCCGAACGUGGAAGAGUACUACGCGUUUCGGUUGAAGGUGACGUCGGUGGAUGUCAUGCUGGAUCUUUGCAGGGUAACGAAUGGGUUUGUGUUCCCCAAGGAAAUACUGGAUUCGGAAGAGGUGGCGAUCAUGCAUCUCACUAUAAACAAACUGUUUAUCGCCGUCAACGAUAUCUUCUCGCUCAAGAAGGAGUUGAAGGUCGGUGAAUUCGGGAACUUGAUACCGAUCAAGAUGCGGGCGUUGAAUAUGGAUUUGGCCACAACCCUGGAGAGCGUGGUACAAGAUAUGCACAACCUGGUUCAAGAUUUUGACCGGAGUGCCUCAACCAUCCGAAAACAGCUCAUGUUGGGCGAGCAGCAUGGGUUAGCAGAACAGUUCGACCGGGUCGUGGGAGCAUACCAAAGCAUCCCGACAAGCACACUAGGCUUUUCGAUUCAGAGCCCCCGAUAUGGGAUGUUGAAGGACAAACUGGAGGAUGGCUACGAGAAUGCCCCUCCUCUGCCCCACGAGAAAGCCGAGGACGGUAAAAGCUUCCAGAACAAACAAACGGGCGUCCUGAGCAAGACCUACGAGAAGUUUCCCACUCCGCUCGACAAUAGCAGACGGGGCGGUUUUGACGUCCACGUUUACCACUACCAGGACAACGCCGCGCAGACGGAAUACGCCCGCGCUCUUUGGCAGCGCAUCCGCCACGAAUUCCCGGAGCUGCGCAUCUACACUUUCUGGGACAAGCCCCUCGGCCCUCACCCAAUCGCCAUGUUCGAAGUCAACCUGCUCUCGCCCGCCCAGUUCGGCGCCUUCAUCCCCUGGCUUGCGAUCUGGCGUGGCCCGCUGUCGGUGCUGGUGCAUCCUAAUACGACGACUGCGGACGGCGGGGUGGAUGAAAACGGCGUGAAGUUUGAUGGGGAGAGUGAGUUGCGUGAUCAUACGCAGAGGGCGAUUUGGAUGGGUGAGAGGGUGCCGUUGGAUGUUGGAAGGAUUUGGGGGGCGAAAGUGAAGGCGCAGACGCAGACGCAGACGUAG